ACAGAGUUCCUCAACGUCGUUUCAAACUCUACUAUAAAAAAACGGCGUCAUCUUGAAAAUUAUCAUUCUCGUCGUCGUCUUGAAAAGAUUCUGAAAAAGUAGAAAGUCCCGCCCAAUUUGAAGACGACGAUGGCUGAUCCAACGGAAGUGAACCGAAUCUGCGACGAAACUGGAGCAUCUCGAGAAGAAGCACUCUAUUACCUCGAAGGAUACGAUUGGAAUUUGGCUACGGCGGUGGAAGCUUGCCGCGUCAAAACCUUGCCUUCCGUCAAAGUCAAAUCUUCGCCGGAGAUUUCAGUUAACGAGCAAUCCACGGCGGCGGAGUCUUCAGCUACUCCAGUAACGAUAAAUCCACCUCGGGUUUCGAAUCAGGGUCCGUCAACACCGCCAAGAUCGAUCAAUUAUCCAAGUCGGAGUUCGAAUCAGAUUCCGCCAAGAAAAAGGAUCGUUUUGAAUCCGGCGAAGGAACUAUCGUCUGAAUCGAAGAGAACGCAGCAAGAACGCAUCGUUUUAUUCCAAGAAGUGGCUCCUGAAUUGCCUCCGCAAGAAGUCCUCUCUUUGCUCGAGCGCUUCAAUUGGGAUGUGGAGAGAGCCGGGGACCAUUACUGUAACCAGCGAUAUUCGCAGCAGCGUACUUCAUAUGCCGAUGAUUGGGAUAUUCCGGAGAUUGAUCAGUCGUAUUUGCAGCAGUUUCAAGAGGGUUAUAUGCCACCGAUGAUUGGGGUUUCGAAUUUGGAAGGAUUCUCACAAGAUGAAACAUCCACGGCGUUGGCUAUGGAUUUGAUGGACCAUAGUGCUCCGCCUCUUCCAUCAUUAGAUUUACCUUCACUAUCUCAGUUUCAUGCUUCUCUUGGCUAUCAAAUCGGCAACUCUUCUUCCUCUGAUUUGAUGAACGUUGAUGUGGAUGAGAUGGGAGAUUUACACGAUGUACCUAUAAUGUCUUCCUCUCAAGAACAGAUUCAGGGAAGUAGCACUUCUGCUGAAAACAAGGAAGACCACCCUCCGCCAUAUAAUCUUGAUAGAAUCUGCAGUGAAACUGGAGUGUGUCGAAAUGAAGCACUCUAUUACCUCGAAUCCUUCGAUUCUGAUUUGGCUACGGCGAUUGAGGCUUGCCGCAGUAAAACCUUGCCUCCCCUCAAGGUUAGAUCUUUGCCAGUGGUUUCGGUGAAUGAUAUAUCCGCGGUACCAGAGUGGGAGUCACCAACAGCGAGGCCACUGGUAAUGAACUCACGUCGGAUUUCGAAUGAGAUGCGGAUUCAGCCAGAGCAACUUCCGCCAAAGAUAGAGGAACAAUCGUCUGGAUCCAAUGCUGUAAAAAUCAAGGACUUCUGUGAUAUUGUUGGAGCGCAUCCAGAUGUCGCAGUCGCUUACCUCGAUCGCUGCAAAUGGCAUGUACAAGAGGCCAUCAACUAUUUCAUGGACGAGGGUAUACGUCCAACAACUGGGUUCUCAGAGGAUGUAACAUCCAAUCCGCCUGUUCCAUUGAUAGGAUUACCUUCACAAUCACAGUUUCAGGCUUUCAGGAGCUCUUCUUCUAGUUUGAUGAACAUAGACCCGACCGAGACAGAAGAGUCACUCAGAGAAAGUAGCGAUGAAAGUGUCACCAUACCUAAUCUUCCAAUGGUGUCGUCUCAAGUGAAUAACAAAUUGAAGGGUAAGGCUGCUGAGGAAGAUUCAAGCAUGGAAACAUUUCAUGAUCCUCUGACCAUCCAAGACAGGACAAGUGUGGAGCAUCAAGUUGCACCGACUACUAUUACACUAACUAUCUACUUGCACGAUGGGGGGUCUGUGAUACCGGUAGAUAUUCCUUUUAGAUCAGACCAAACCGUCAGAGACAUCCGCAAUGCCAUUGACGAGCGAACACCAGAUAACGACAGAGAUUACUAUUUGCAAUCAGUGGGUGGAGAAGAUGAUUGCAAGGAUAUGAAUGCAACUGUAGGAAAAAUUUGUAAGAGUGGUUUUACAACUCUCCACCAGGUCUUACAUGAUUGAUAAAACAGAGAGAAAGAGAGAAAGAGAGAUGUAUAUGACUUUAGAAAUGAUUCUUGCCUUGUAUAGAAAGGAAAAAAGUAGAACAGAGCAGGUGCAGUUGUUACUGCGAUUUAUGAAACAUAGAAUGGAUUAGGAGAAAGUUCUUAUUAUCUUACAGCUUUUUUUUCUGUACAGUUGGUACUACGAUUUAUGAUACAUAGAGACAACUGAAACGACUGUUGUUCCUUUUUAUCACUUUGCUUUGCUUUU